CACCUGUCCCUGUGAUGUGGUGUUACACCAGCGGUUCUAGCCUACUGGUGGUGGGGAGGACACACUCACCGAAAAUACGACUACCUUUCUCGAGCCGGUGGCUGCUGCGCCCAUCGCAGCUCAUUCUCUUCGGCGAUCCAAACCGGAGUGGUUACCCUCUGCUCAUCGACUAGUGACUUCAACAUAACCUGUACCUUACCGUGUCAGUGAGUUCGACGCCAGUGCAAAGCGUACACUAUACUUAACCGAGUUCGGACGUUAAAGACUUUGAGUGUUUUUUUUACUUCGUGUAUUAACUUUCUCGAGUGUUCGACUAUGCAUAUUUGGGACGACAAACCCAUGAUGCAUCACAAGGCAGUCGCCAAAAAAAUGGAUUACUCACACUGCCCAUUAAAGAAACGACCUGUUCACUACGACAGAUACGUCAAAGAAGAAAUGGAUUACGAAACUAUUGCUGAAGCUGAUUACUCUGAACCAGAAAAUUUGAGUACUAAGCCACAAGACUUGAGUAUUAAGUGCAAACAGUCCACUGCCGUUCCUCUAGCACCGCAAGGCUUAAAAAAAGAAUCUCUGUACAUGCAUCAACUACCAGUACAGCCAUCACCUUACCACCAUCCGUAUCAACCUACAGCUAUCAAGCCCGGUCCAUUGGAGCCGUUGUGCUUAAAUAUCGCUGCCGGUGGAGACCAUCCUGGUGGUUCUUAUCCCCACAAUCACGGUCCCACGGCACCUAGACCAGUACCUGCUCAAUACCCACCAGCAGCCUAUCAUUUAGGCUACAUGUAUCACGGAUUAUCGACCGAACCACGAGCUUACCCAGUCUAUCCACCUCCUCCAACUUCAAUUCCAUUACACGGACGGGAUGGUUCCCUAUCUCCUCCUGGAUCUUCUUAUUCAGCAUUCAAACCUCAUGUGCCAUCCUGGCAAAGUCGCAGUUCAGACGGUGGUUGGUCACCACCCGCUUUGACUGAAACAUCUUCGCCUGCCGUUUCCCCUUACGGUGGCGGUGGCCAUUCCGGCGAAAGCGACACAGCUUCCUCCAUCACCAACGUAUCUACAAUCACUUCCAACUCGACGACCACCCAAAGUAUCAAAACCGGCGGCAGGUACAAAUGCACGACAUGCUCCAAAACUUACUCGACCGUGUCAGGUUUGACCAAGCACCAGCAAUUCCACUGCUCUGACGACGAGUGUGGUGGCAGCCCAAAAACAUUCAGCUGUAAAUAUUGUGAAAAAGCUUACAACACACUGGGAGCUCUCAAGAUGCACAUUCGUACUCACACGUUGCCAUGUAUAUGCAAAUUGUGCGGUAAAGCUUUUAGCCGACCAUGGUUGUUACAGGGACACAUCCGUACGCAUACUGGAGAGAAACCUUUCUCUUGUCCACACUGCAACCGAGCCUUUGCUGACAGAUCAAACCUCCGAGCACAUUUACAGACCCACUCGGAUGUCAAGAAAUAUUCGUGUCCCACAUGUAGCAAAACUUUCAGCCGCAUGUCUCUACUCACUAAACACUGUGACACCGGUUGUCCAAGGCUAUCGGAUGGCCAUCGUCACCUACAGAAUGCUUCACCGCAAUAAUUCCUCCCUCGUAAAUAUUAACUCAUAUGCUGUACUAUUUAUUCUUAUUGUCUACUCUUUCUUCCCACCAAUUUUUUUCUUGUAUUUAUACUAGUCACUUUAUUAUAAUAUAUAUUUAUAUUAUUGUAAACAAUUGCACUGUUUAGGUUUAAGGUAAUAUUAUUAAUGUAAGGCCACACUUUAUUUAUUUUUAUUAUUGGCUAUUGAUGAUGAGCAUUUUAAUGUUUAUUUAUUUAUUAUUAUUAUUAUUAUUUUCAAUAUUAAGCCAUUUAUUUUUAUGUUGAAAACUAGUCGUCGUUUUAUAUUAUGCCCCCGCCCCACUAUUGUUUUAAACCCAAAUGUCGGCCAUAUUGUACUUGUUAUGCUAAACGUUUAAUAUAUUUGAACCAUAUAUCAAUUAUGAUUUAUAUAUAUAUAUAUGUAAUGUUUUUUAGCGUAAAUCAUAUAGGACUGACAUAUUUCAAAACAACGAAUUUGAUAUUAUAAAGUAAUAUAUUAUACUUACUCGAUUAAGUUAAUAUAAUAUAAUAUAUUAUUUUUUACAAUAAAAAUGUAUGUGAUACUCUAAA